UCCGCGUGGCGUGGACGUGCCUUAGUUAAUUCGCUUGAAGCAUGCAACGAUUUUUGGGAAGGAACAGUCGAAGCCUGCUGCUGAGAUGUGGGCAUCGCUAUCUGGCCACCACUCCUGUAGAGGAGGUGCUAUUCCCCACCAAAUCGGAUUUCCCCAGCCGCCACAUUGGACCCCGCAAGACGGAUGUGGUGGCCAUGCUGGAUACUUUGGGUUUCAAGUCCCUGGCUGAGCUGACGGAAAAAGCCGUACCCCAGAGCAUUCAACUGAAGAGGGAACUCGACCUGGACAAACCCCUGAACGAACAUGAGCUAAUCCGUCGCAUCCGCGACAUAUCUCUGAAGAAUCAGCUGUGGCGCUCCUACAUCGGAAUGGGUUACCACAACUGCCAUGUGCCGCACACGAUUAUCCGCAAUAUGUUUGAGAAUCCGGGAUGGACCACACAAUACACACCCUACCAGCCGGAAAUUGCCCAGGGUCGCUUGGAAUCGCUGCUGAACUACCAGACUCUGGUUUCCGAUCUCACCGGCUUGGAUGUGGCCAAUGCCUCGCUCCUGGACGAGGGAACCGCUGCAGCGGAGGCCAUGUGCCUGGCCACGAGGCACAACAAGCGGAAGAAGCUCUACCUCUCGAACAGGGUGCAUCCACAGACUUUGUCGGUGGUCAAGACGAGGGCCGAAGCCUUGGAGCUGGAAAUCGUGGUGGGACCCAUCGAACAGGCCGAUCUGCCCAGUCGCGAGUUGGCUGGUAUUCUUUUACAAUAUCCAGAUACCUACGGUGAUGUCAAGGACUUCGAGGAUAUUGCUGCUUUGGCAAAGAAAAAUGGGACUCUCGUGGUAGUGGCAACCGAUUUGUUAUCUCUGACCCUUCUGCGACCUCCGGCAGAAUUUGGAGCUGAUAUUGCCGUGGGUACCUCGCAGCGUUUGGGAGUUCCUUUGGGAUAUGGAGGUCCCCAUGCUGGAUUCUUCGCCUGCAAGCAGAGUCUGGUGCGUCUGAUGCCCGGAAGGAUGAUCGGUGUCACCCGAGACAUGGAUGGAAACGAUGCCUAUCGACUGGCUUUGCAAACGAGAGAACAGCACAUCCGCAGGGACAAGGCCACGAGCAAUAUUUGUACUGCCCAAGCUCUUUUGGCCAACAUGUCUGCUAUGUACGCUAUUUACCACGGACCCGAGGGCCUAAAAGCCAUGGCCAAUCGCAUCCACCACUUUGCUUUAACUCUGCAAACAGGACUCUUGGGAGCAGGACACGAAGUGAUCAAUAAGAACUUCUUUGACACGCUGCACAUCAAACUGAGUGGAAGUCAGUCACUUGAAGAUCUUAAAGAGCGUGCCGAACACAAACGCAUUAAUCUCCGAUAUAUGGAAGAUGGAACAGUGGGCGUGGCUUUGGAUGAAACAGUCAGCGUGGCCGAUGUGGAUGAUCUCCUGUGGGUUUUCAAGGCGGAGGCAACUGUGGAGUACAUUCUGGCGCGACGUGAUGUUCUUAAGAACGCCAUUGAAAACUCUAAGUUCCUGCGUACGUCUCCUUUCCUACAGCAUCCCAUUUUCCAGAGUUAUCAUAGCGAAUCCCGCAUGGUGCGCUACAUGAAAAAGCUGGAGAACAAGGACAUUUCACUUGUGCACUCAAUGAUUCCUCUAGGAUCCUGCACCAUGAAACUAAACUCCACCACCGAAAUGAUGCCAUGUUCCUUCCGCCACUUUACGGACAUCCAUCCCUUUGCUCCCGUUGAACAAGCUCAGGGUUUCCACCAGAUGUUCAAUGAACUAGAACGUGACUUGUGCGAGAUUACUGGAUACGACAGAAUCUCAUUCCAGCCGAAUUCAGGAGCCCAGGGAGAGUACGCCGGACUGAGAGCCAUCAGGAGUUACCAUGAGCACCGAAACGAGGGACACAGGAAUAUCUGCCUGAUUCCCAUCUCAGCUCACGGAACGAAUCCUGCCUCCGCUCAGAUGGCGGGAAUGAAGGUGGAACCGAUUAGGAUACUGUCGAAUGGUUCCAUCGACAUGGCCCAUUUGAGAGCAAAGGCAGAGGAGCAUGCUCGUGAAUUAUCCUGCCUGAUGAUUACCUAUCCUUCCACAAUGGGAGUUUUCGAGGAAACAGUGGCUGAUAUCUGCACUCUGAUCCACAAACACGGAGGUCAGGUUUACCUGGAUGGAGCAAACAUGAAUGCCCAAGUCGGUUUGUGCCGACCAGGAGAUUAUGGCAGUGAUGUUUCGCAUCUCAAUCUGCACAAGACCUUCUGCAUUCCUCAUGGAGGAGGUGGUCCUGGAAUGGGUCCCAUUGGUGUGAAGGCCCACUUGGCUCCUUAUCUGCCAGGACAUCCUGUGGUUAGUCCUUUAAGCAGCGAGGAGCACAGUUUUGGUGUAGUUUCCGCAGCUCCCUUCGGCAGCUCUGCCAUCCUGCCGAUUUCCUGGUCAUACAUUAAACUCAUGGGCAGUCGGGGAUUGAAGAGAGCCACCCAAGUGGCCAUCCUGAAUGCUAACUACAUGUCCAAGAGAUUGGAGCAGCACUACAAGACGCUCUACAAGGCACCCAACUCCCAGUUGGUUGCCCAUGAGUUUAUUUUGGAUAUUCGCGAUUUGAAAAAGACUGCCAAUAUCGAGGCGGUGGAUGUGGCCAAGCGACUAAUGGAUUAUGGAUUCCAUGCUCCAACGAUGUCUUGGCCUGUGGCUGGAACGCUGAUGAUUGAGCCCACAGAAUCCGAGGAUAAGGAGGAGUUGGAUCGGUUCUGCGAUGCCAUGAUCUCCAUUCGAGAGGAGAUCGCCGAGAUCGAAGCGGGUCGCAUGGACAAGGCAGUGAAUCCUUUGAAGAUGUCUCCCCACACUCAAGCUCAAGUCAUCUCGGAUAAGUGGGAUCGGCCUUACACUCGUGAGCAGGCUGCCUUCCCAGCUAUCUUUGUGAAACCAGAUGCCAAGAUUUGGCCUACUGUCGGCAGGAUCGAUGAUGCCUAUGGCGACAAACAUCUCGUUUGCACCUGUCCCCCCAUUUUGCCUGAUUUAUAAGACACUUUAGCUCUAAGACAAACUUAGUAACCUUUGUUGAUUUUUUAUUUUUAAUAAAACCAAAUAUAGUAAUUUUUAUAUUU